AUGCUGGUAAUUGCUGAUUUAGGAGUCAACAUCCCCUGGUGGGCGGCCAUCAUCCUAGCCCUAGUGGCCUACCGUUUAUUCAACGUUGCCGCAUACUACGUUGCUUACAAGCGCUCCGGAGCUUCGUUUGCUCCGACUGUCCUGGACGGCUGGUAUGGCUUUAAACUCAUGAAGCUUGUGGUUGAAAAACAGGCCAAUGGUGAAAUGCCUGACUACUUGUACCAGCGGUUUGUCGAGACUGGCCAUGACACGGUCCACUUGACCAUGGCCGGCACCCCGGUGGUCUCGACCCGGGACCCAGAGAACAUCAAGGCCCUUUUGGGCACGCAAUUCAACGACUUCAUCCUUGGACUCCGCCACCGUCAGUUCCAGAUUUUGCUCGGUGAUGGUAUUUUCACCUUGGACGGCAUGGGCUGGAAGCACUCGAGAGCCAUGUUGAGACCUCAGUUUGCCAGAGAGCAGGUUGGUCACGUCAGAGCCUUGGAGCCCCACGUCCAGGCGCUCGCAAAGAUCAUUCGUAGCACCGGCGGCCAGAAGUUCAACAUUCAGCCCCUCUUCUUCAAGUUGACCAUUGACUCGGGAACGGAAUUUUUGUUUGGUGAAUCCUGCGAGUCCCUAAGCGAGGACGAGCCUGGUGUUGCUGAGAGCGGACCCGCCGUCAAAAGACAGUUUGCUAAGGCCUUCAACAUCUCCCAGUCCUACUUGUUCAUGCGUGCCGGUUUCCAGAAGCUUUACUGGAUUGUUAACAACCCUCGCUUCUGGCGCAACAACAAGAUCGUCCACGAAUUUGCCGACUACUACGUUGACAAGGCCUUGAACUCCACCCCAGAGGAGGUUGAGAAAUUCAGCGGCUCAGGCUACGUUUUCUUGUACGAAUUGGCUAAGCAGACCAGAGACCCCAAAGUGUUGCGUGACCAGUGUUUGAACAUCUUGUUGGCUGCCAGAGAUACUACUGCCGGCUUGAUGUCGUUUAUGUUCUUUGAGCUCGCUAGAAACCCUGAUGUGUUUGCAAAAUUGCGUGCUGAAGUUGUCAAUGCUUUUGGCGAAGGUGACGACGUGGACUUGUCAGGCAUCACUUUCGAGUCCUUGAAGAAACUUGAAUACUUGAAGUGGGUCACCAACGAAACCCUCAGACUCUACCCAUCCGUGCCACAGAACUUCCGUGUGGCCACGAAAGAUACUACCCUCCCACGCGGUGGUGGCCCCAACAAGGACCAACCCGUAUUCAUCAGAAAAGGUCAGACCGUCACUUACACAAUUUUCGCCACUCACAGACUGGAGGAGAUUUACGGCAAGGAUGUCAUGCAAUGGAGGCCUGAGAGAUGGGGUGAAGAGAGAAUGAAGAAGGUUGGUUGGGGAUUCCUCCCAUUCAACGGUGGACCAAGAAUUUGUUUGGGCCAGCAAUUUGCAUUGACAGAAGCGUCUUACGUGACUGUCAGACUUUUGCAGAUGUUCAAGGACAUCCAAUCCUUCGAUCACUGCGAGAACCCCAAGAAGGCAUCCCACUUGACCAUGUCUUUGUUUGACGGCGCCAAUAUCAGUCUUACUUAG